AUGGCUAACGACGAGUACGAUUUUCUCUUCAAAGUUGUCCUGAUUGGAGACUCUGGUGUUGGAAAGUCCAACCUUUUGAGUCGUUUCACCCGUAACGAGUUCAACCUGGACUCCAAGUCCACCAUCGGUGUCGAGUUCGCUACCCGCUCGAUCCAGGUCGAUUCCAAGACGAUCAAGGCUCAGAUUUGGGAUACUGCUGGUCAGGAACGUUACCGUGCCAUCACCUCCGCUUACUAUCGGGGUGCUGUCGGUGCUCUUCUCGUCUACGAUAUCAGUAAGCACCAGACUUACGACAAUGUCAACCGGUGGUUGAAGGAACUCCGCGAUCAUGCCGACUCCAACAUCGUCAUCAUGUUGGUCGGUAACAAGAGUGAUUUGAGGCACCUGCGGGCUGUGCCCACGGAAGAGGCCAAGCAAUUCGCAAGCGAGAACAACCUCUCUUUCAUCGAGACAUCUGCCCUUGACGCCAGCAACGUCGAGCUUGCUUUCCAGAACAUCCUGACAGAAAUCUACCGUAUCGUCUCCAGCAAGGCUCUGGAUGGCGGUGAUGCCGGCCAGACCGUUCUGGGCGACCGCCGCGACAUGGUGCGGAUCGACGAGUCGGAGGACCCGAAGACCAAGCAGGGAUGCUGUUAA